AUCAAAUAAAAUGUUUUGGACGCCUGCCAUUUAGUGUCGACCCCCAAAAAAAGUGUCAACACCACGUCCGUGUCGGAGUUUUGAAUGCUGACCAUAUGGUGUCGACACCAAAAACACGUGUCGACACUAGACCCGUGUCGAGCUUCUGUCCUCUUUUGCAGUUUCUUCAUAAAUCACUGUUUAAGUCCACAACACCUUCCCAUUUGUCAAAUCCACUGGCACGCAAGUCAUUAAUCAUGCAUUGAUUACAGCUUAAAAAACCCCAUAGAUCAAGAUCAACACUACACUCAGUAAAAUUCUCAAUGAAGCCUUCCUGAACCAUUUGUGACUUUCAAACAAACAAUAGGAUUAAUUAGCCAAUCAGUUAAACUGAAGGUAUACCUGUCAUUUGUUGCUUUAAUCCAUAGGAAGGAUCUUAGUUGGAUGAGUUCAAAUAGUUUCCCCAGUGGGAGGGCUGUUGAAUGUAACAUGUGGCAAUGCUACUGAGCUGAUCAUAGCAAUUUUCGCGCUGGCUCAAAGCAAAACAGAUUUGGUGAAGUAUUCCCUUUUGGGCUCUGUACUAGCAAACUUGCUUCUGGUUCUUGGGACCUCUCUCUUUUGUGGAGGAAUCGCCAACCUUAGAAAUGAACAAAAAUAUGAUAGGACACAAGCACAGGUGAACACACUUAUGCUGCUGCUGGCGCUGUUGUGCCAUAUUCUGCCACUGUUGUUCCAGUAUGCUCCGUUAUCAGACGCACAGGCAGCUUAUCCAACACUUCAUUUAUCCAGAGCAAGUAGCAUUGUAAUGCUGAUUGCAUACCUUGCUUUCCUGGUCUUUCAACUGUUCACUCGCCAGCCGUUGUUUGAAGCUCAGGAGGAAGAUAAUAAUGAUGCUGAUGAUGUGAUAUCAGAAGAGUCACCAGUGAUAGGAUUUUGGAGUGGAUUUAUUUGGCUAGUUGGCACGACUGCUGUAAUAUCUUUGCUGUCUGAGUAUGUUGUGGACACAAUAGAGGCGGCUUCGGAAUCUUGUGGUAUUUCUGUGAGCUUCAUGAGCAUUAUCUUGCUACCUAUUAUUGGAAAUGCAGCCGAACAUGCAGGAGCCAUCAUAUUUGCUUUCAGGAACAAGCUGGUACCACUAGCUGUGGUUGUUGCUUGGAUAAUGGGUACUAAUAUGGAUCUUAACUUCAAUCUCCUCGAGACUGGCUCUCUUGCUCUAUCAAUCAUCACUGUAGCCUUCACUUUACAGGAUGGGACUUCUCACUACAUGAAAGGACUGGUUCUUCUACUCUGUUACUUUGUUAUUGGAGCUUGCUUUUUUGUUUUAAGAACCCCACAAGGGAACCAAAUUCCUUUCUCUGCUCCGCUCUCUUGCUCCCUCUCUCUUCAACCGCCCCGCUCCCUGCCUUAUCUCCUCCGUCAAUUCUGCUCAAUUUCAGAAUUCCAGCUCAAUUCCGUCGCCAUGGGAGAAGAGCGAGCCAUUGUGCAGGUUAAAGCCAUCCCGGGACUCAGACUCUUCGAAACCACCGCACGCGACGGGCCUCUCUGGAAAAACGCGCGGCUUAAUUGUCGUUUCAGUCGCCGUGGUGGUUCUGCUCAUUUCGCGUGCGUUUCGCUUGUGGAGAAGACAGACCAGAAGGAUUUUGGCCCCUCUCCGGCUCAGCUGUUGAAGCAUCCUUUGGCAGCUCUUCAUUACGUGCCCAGAGAUGCCGCCAUUUUCUUAGCUGGCGCCGUAGCUGGUGCCGCCGCGAAGACCGUAACGGCUCCGCUUGAUCGCAUCAAGCUUCUUAUGCAGACUCAUGGGGUGCGAGCUGGGCAAGAAAGUGCGAAGAAGGCUAUUGGUUUCAUUGAGGCUAUACUAUUGAUUGGGAAAGAAGAAGGAAUUAAAGGGUAUUGGAAAGGCAACCUCCCUCAGGUGAUAAGAAUCCUUCCUUAUAGUGCUGUCCAGCUCUUUGCUUAUGAAACUUACAAGAAACUAUUCAAAGGAAAGGAUGUUGAGCUAUCUGUAAUUGGAAGACUUGCAGCAGGUGCUUGUGCUGGCAUGACAUCUACUUUUGUAACAUAUCCUUUGGAUGUACUCAGAUUGCGAUUAGCGGUUGAACCUGGAUACCGAACUAUGUCUGAGGUUGCCUUAAACAUGUUACGGGAGGAAGGAGUUGCAGCCUUUUAUUAUGGUCUUGGACCUUCUCUUCUUGGAAUAGCUCCAUAUAUUGCUGUGAACUUUUGCAUUUUUGAUUUGGUGAAGAAGGCUUUGCCAGAGAAAUACAGAGAGAAGACCCAAGCAUCUCUUUUAACUGCUGUGGCAUCAGCUGCUAUUGCCACACUAACUUGCUAUCCUUUAGACACUGUUAGAAGACAAAUGCAGCUUAAGGGUACACCUUACAAGUCAGUUUUGGAUGCCAUUCCAGGCAUUAUUGAGCGGGAUGGAGUUAUUGGCUUGUAUAGAGGUUUUGUUCCCAAUGCGCUGAAAACCCUACCAAAUAGCAGCAUUAGGCUUACCACCUUUGACAUUGUCAAGCGUCUAAUUGCAGCAAGUGAGAAAGAGUUUCAGCAAAUUGUGGAGGAAAAUCGCAAGGAAGAAAAACAGGACACCAGCAUUAAACAAUCAUGAUCCCUGUAGUCAUUAUAUUCCAACUAUUUAUUUCUACCCACAUUCUCUUAGAAGUCAUUUUCCACCACAGCUGCCAUGUUAUUUGCAGGAAUCACAUUUGAGAAUCUAGCUACUACGGGAUAUUAGAGAAAUGGCGCUCUAGUUACAAGCGCUGCAUCCAUGUAGAAUUCAAGUUCCUCGCAUUUGUAGGGACGGAAUGCAUGUUGCUUAGGAAACAUUUGACAUACACAAGAAAAAUCCCGAGCUUCCAGUUGUUUGUUGAACUUAGGGAUACAUUAAUGUAAGUUGAAAAUCUCUGCCAUUUUAAAAUCCAUCCACAUUUUCCUGGAUCAAGUAUCAGAAAAACUAAAAUAAUAAGAAAAAAAAUAUUGUGUA